UUCAAGCUAGUGGCUUCCUGCUUCGUAGCAAUAGCCCCAGAGCAAUAUACAAGACCUAGAGCAGUCCGAAUAGGAAUACCAAAUACCGAAGUCUGGGGUUUGUCUUGUAAUCAAUCGUUCAUAUACUCUCUGUUUAAAUCCAUCUCGCAUUAAACCGCCAGAAGGCCAUGCUUUUUAAAAUUUUAUAUUCACUAUAAUGGAUUUAAUACAAUUUAAAUACUUUUAUUUUUUCUUCUGUAAAGAACAACUUUUUUUUUUAAUUCUGUCUGAUUGACAUAUUGGCACGGGACGGACACAUUUUUUUGUAUUCAACGCAAGUUAAUAUCCCUUAAAGCGCAACCCACGACUAAGCACACAAACACGUGUUAUUCUCAUCGUCAGUGGGGUCCACUGUGAUUGUGGUAGGGAGGUAGUUUGUUUCCCUUUUAAGAGCAGUAAUAAUACAUUGACAUUACGGCUGCGGUAAAACCAAUUCUAGAAUACUAGCUAGCAUAUAACAACUGGACAUAAAACCCGUUUUACAAAAAAAUCAAACCAAAAAAAAAAACAGCUACCACAGAGAAGACUUCAUCUAAAUCAGAUACGCUACAGGCUGUGUGUGAUGUAAACAGAAGCUUGCUGAUUGAGGGAGACUAAUUAUUACGCUACGACUUUGGGGUUUUGUCGUCAGGCGCUGUGGGUGAAACUCAAGGAUUUUCAGCUGUGGUCGGAUUCAGAGAUGCCUGUCGCAUCUGCACGUUCAGAUUCUGCUAUGGACACCCUGAGCGACACCCUGGGAGCCAAUGACCUGGACCUCAUCUUCCUCAAGGGGAUCAUGGAGAGCCCAACAGUAAGAUCUCCGACGCAGGCCCAUGAGAAGCUGGAGGAGAAGAAGCUGGAAGCAGCGGUGCGAGAGAACAAUCUGGAGCUGGUCCAGGAGAUCCUGCAGGACAUCUCCCCACUGCUGGAGAGGAACACCUCCGCCCGGGAGCUGGCACACAUCCUGAAGGAACCGCACUUCCAGUCGCUCUUGGAAACGCACGACUCUGUGGCCUCUAAAAGCUUCGAGACCCCGCCCGCCAGCCCCUGUGCCUUCAUGGACGCAGCCCUCAACAACCAGCCCGCCUCCCCCGACGCGGUGCGCAUGGUGGGCAUUCGCAAAGUCGCCGGGGAGCACCUGGGGGUGACGUUCCGCGUGGAGAGCAGCGAGCUGGUGAUCGCCCGGAUCCUGCACGGAGGAAUGGUCGACCAGCAGGCCCUGCUCCACGUGGGUGACAUCAUCAAGGAGGUGAACGGGAAGGAGGUGAGCGACGACCCGAAGGUGCUGCAGGAGAUGCUGAAGGAGGCCAGUGGUAGCGUGGUGCUCAAGGUGCUGCCCAGCUACCAGGAACCUCACCCCCCACGCCAGGUGUUUGUGAAGUGCCACUUCGACUAUGACCCCGCCCUAGACAACCUGAUCCCCUGUAAGGAGGCGGGACUGAAGUUCAACAGCGGCGAUAUCCUGCAGAUUGUCAACCAGGAGGACCCCAACUGGUGGCAGGCGUGCCAUGUUGAAGGAGGGAGUGCCGGCCUCAUCCCCAGCCAGCUACUGGAAGAAAAGAGAAAAGCAUUUGUGAAGAGAGACUUCGAGCUGGCAGCUACAGCAGGUGCGCUGUGUGGAGGAAUAAGCGGCAAAAAGAGGAAAAAGAUGAUGUACCUCACGACAAAGAAUGCAGAGUUCGACCGCCAUGAGCUGCUGAUCUAUGAAGAGGUGGCCAAGAUGCCUCCGUUCCAGAGGAAGACUGUGGUCCUGAUCGGAGCGCAGGGGGUGGGGCGGCGCAGCGUGAAGAAUAAGCUUUUGGUGUCGAACCCGGGGCGAUACGGUACCACCGUCCCCUACACGUCUCGGAGGGUGAAGGAUGACGAGACGGACGGGCAGAUGUACUUGUUUGCCUCUCGCAGCGCGAUGGAGCAGGACAUCAAGAGUGGUCGCUACCUCGAGCACGGAGAGUACGACGGGAAUCUCUACGGCACCAAGAUUGACUCCAUCCACGAGGUGAUCGAAGCAGGCAAGAUCUGCACCCUGGACGUCAACCCCCAGGCUCUGAAAGUGCUCCGAACGUCCGAAUUCCUGCCCUACGUGGUUUUCAUUCAGGCUCCAGAUUUUGAAGUUCUCCGUGCCAUGAACAAGGCAGCCAUCAAGGCCGGCGUGGUGACCAAGCAGCUGACGGAAGCCGAACUGAAGGGGACCGUGGACGAGAGCGGCAGAGUCCAGCGGGCCUACGGCCACUACUUCGACCUGACCAUUGUCAACGACAACCUGGAGAGCUCCUUCCGCAGCCUGCAGGGGGCGCUGGAGCGGCUCAGCACAGAGCCUCAGUGGGUCCCUGUCAGCUGGGUGUUCUAAGGCAGCCUGGGUGGGGGCUGGUUCAAGCAGAGGCCUUGUCGACAGCAGGGGGCUUCAAGAUCGUCCACGCUCUAACUGAGAAACGGAGAGGCGUUCGGUGGCUGUGAAUGUCGCACCACCGUAAGAUGUGGAUGAACUGUUACAGGUUUUGCUUUCCACAGCGAGCGUUCUCUCAUAGAACAAGAUCAUUUAUAUUGUAUAGCUCAGAUCACAGUGGCGGUGUCCAUAUUUUACCUUCUACUGUAUUUACUGUAAAUACGAGAGGUCGUGUUUCCAUUUUGCUUUUAGUCUGUUGAACUCGUCAUUCCGGUAAAUACUGGAAGCAAUGUCACAAGCGGCACAGCAGUUAUGGCCUUUUAUCUCUUCAAUGCCACUUCACUUGAAUGCAUUUGUCCUGCACAUAGAAAACAGCUUAUGCAGCUUGACUAUGGAAGGCAGUGUGGCAGUGUAAAAAAAGGACAGCAGUACAAUAUUUAAAAUAAUUUUAGGCUGAAAGCCACUAUGGCUACAAUAUUGUAUUAGGCCAAUGCAUCUAUUGUCCAAAAAACUGCCUUUGACUGUUUCUGUGAGUUAAAAAUGUGCCAUUAUCACUUUGACUUGUGGAACCAUUGCAGUACCUGUAACCAUUAGAAUAAAAAAACACUGCCCCCUGGUGGCUGGAUACUGAAUCCCCCCCAGCUGCUUUUCACAAAUUUUGUACAAAUUCCUUUUUAAAAAUGUUGUUUUUAUUGUGUAAAACAGGUGUGUGUGUGUGUUGAGGGGUGUAAUUUAUCUGGAACAAACCAUGCAACUCAAGUGAUGCCUUUGUGUCAUAGAUUUGAAGAGGUGUUUUUUUGAUGUCUCAGUUAAGAUUAUUAUUAUUAUUAUUAUUUGUUUAUUUAGCGACGCCUUUAUCCAAGGCGACUUACAGAGACUCGGGUGUGUGAACUAUGCAUCAGCUGCAGAGUCACUUACAAUUACGUCUCACCCGAAAGACGGAGCACGAGGAGGUUAAGCGACUUGCUCAGGGUCACACAAUAAGUCAGUGGCUGAGCCGGGAUUUGAAUCGGGGACCUUCUGGUUACAAGCCCUUUUCUUUAACCACUGGACCACACUAAGAUCAGGAGGUAGUGUUCUAGGAUUUUACCAGUUAAUUCAACACAGUAGAAUUAUCUGUUAUCUAAUGAGCUAUUAUAUGCUAGCAAAUUGUGCCCAGAUGAUGAUCACGUACAUUUGUCAAACCAUCAGCCAAGAGUACUUAAAGGCCAGCCUCUAAAACAGUUACUUUGUAACUACGCAUUUCAUUUUGUAACUACGUGUUCCAUUAAGCAGUAACUUGUUAUUGCAAAUAACCUGAACUGAUGUGCGUUUGACUUGAGCUCCUUUCACUGCUGAGUUUAUUUUAAGAUGCAGUUCAGCUUUUCCUUCACAAGGCGGGAAGCCAGGUCUGUAUCGUGCGCUUGGAAUCAUUAGCCAGAGGAACAGGCUGUAAAUCCUGUAAUAAACUG